AUAGCGUCUAUAUCACAUGACAAACAACUGCUGUUAUUCAGAUAUUGCUGAUCAUAUAGGUACUGAGCCUACGCUGUUAGUGUUAGAUCUAUAAAAGAGAGAAGGGACUCACAAACGAUUGAUUGUGGAUCAUUCAUUGCACACAACAAUGCUGAGUUUAAAAAUAUCUGUUCUAAGCUUAAUGCUGGUGUACAUCAGCGCAGAUACACCAGCCAAUUGUACAUAUGAAGAUGUUGCUGGUCAAUGGAUAUUUGACUUAGGAUCAGGAAAUAAUGAUAGAACAAUUGACUGCUCAAGUUUUGGAGUGCAGAACAGAAUCAAAAUUAAUCUGAUUUAUCCGGAUGUUGCUGUUGAUGAGUUCAACAAUAAAGGUUUCUGGACAAUGAUCUACAAUCAGGGUUUUGAAGUUGUUGUGGCAGGUCGAAAAUAUUUUGGGUUCUCCUACUUUGAAGGUAAUGUCAGUUUUUGUGACACUAUCAAAGGAGGUUGGUCACAUGAUGUUCUUGGUCGAGACUGGGCAUGCUACAAUGGUAAAAAGACUCAGAAUGUUAGGAAAGUCUUGAAAACAUCUGAUUUAGACAACAGCCUCAGAUAUGGCCAUGGAUUGAAUUCCAAUGCUAAGGUGUGGGCUAUCAACCAUGCUCAGUCUUCCUGGAAAGCAACAACUUAUAAACAAUUUGAAGGAUUCACCGUUGAGGACUAUUUAAAUCUGGCUGGUGGUAGAGGUUCACGACUCCAUACGCGUCCAAAGCCAGCGCCAAUUACAGCCGAGCAAAAGAGACUAAUGGCUACUCUACCAGAGAGUUUUGAUUGGAGAAAUAUUGAUGGCACCAACUUCGUUUCACCAGUUAGAAAUCAAGCAUCUUGUGGUAGUUGUUAUGCUUUUGGAUCUCUCGGUAUGGAUGAGGCAAGAGUCAGAAUUCAAACCAACAACACACAGCAGCCAGUAUUUUCAACUCAAGAUAUUGUAGAGUGCAGUCCCUACUCUCAAGGAUGCAAUGGUGGCUUCCCUUAUCUCAUCAGUGGUAAAUAUGCCGAAGACUAUGGUCUUGUUUUGGAAGAAUGCAACCCUUAUAAAGGUGUUGAUGGGAAAUGCCAGACCAAUCAAAAGUGUCCCCGACACUACUUUACCAGCUACAAAUAUGUAGGAGGCUAUUAUGGAGCCUGCAACGAGUACCUUAUGAUGGAGGCCAUCUACAACCGUGGACCCAUCGCUGUCAGUUUUGAAGUCUACAGUGACUUUAUGAAUUACCAGUCCGGGAUAUACCACCACAUCACUGAGGAAAACCUCUUAGGUGGACGGUUCAAUCCUUUUGAGAUCACCAAUCAUGUUGUUGUUGUUGUGGGCUGGGGCGUGGACUCAGCCAAUGGGGAAAAAUAUUGGAUUGUGAAAAACAGUUGGGGUGAAUCUUGGGGCUUGAAGGGAUUUUUCUGGAUUAGACGAGGAACAGAUGAGUGCAGUAUUGAAAGUAUUGCUGCAGAAUCCACACCAAUAUACACUUAUAAUAACUAAACUUAAUUAUUGUAGAGGCCCACAUUUUUUAAAAUAGUUGUUUAUCACUUUAUGACAAAGUUUAUGUAAGAGAUCAAUUUUUUUUUAGUGGUCUUCAUUGUUUUUACAUCUAUUUAAUAAUAAUUCUAUGAUAAGUUUUUCUUAUUGCAUUAAAUUGUUUUUCUGUUCAUUUGUAUAACUUAAUAGGGACUUUUUUUUGUGUGAACGGUAUUAUUUUACAUUUUUUUUAAAGGUAUUGGAAUAAAUAAUUAAACAAUACUUAAGGACAAGCAUUUAUAGCUGUAAAUAUGAUGUUAAUUAGUUUGUUGAACGAAUGAAAGUACUGUGAUUGCUACAGUAUGCUGAUUCGAAUAUUAAUAUAUAUGUAAAUUGUUCUACGUAGUUAAAGAAUAUUUGUGUGGUGUUCUUAUAUUACUAUGGCUGCUAUAUCUUUUUUUUGUUGUUGUAACUCUUUCUCUACUGUCAUGUUUUUUGCUUCAUAAACUUUGAUUUGUGUUAUAUAAAAAGGGCAUGCAUUUAUCUCUACCAAUUAUAACAUUGUCUGAUUAAAAGAAAAACGUUUUUGAAGUUUGACCCUAACAGGCUAGUGAAAUACAAAUGGGAAAAAUGAAAAAUUACUUCGAGCAUGGUAAAUAAUUAUGGAGAGAUAGUUAACAUUAUAUGCAGGCUACUAAAGUGAAAGGGAGGCAUGGUGGCUGAGUGGUAAAUCACUUGGCUUCCAAACCGAGGAUUCAGGGUUCAAAUGCUGUUGAAGAUAGGAUUUUUAAUUUUGGGAUCUUUAGGGCGCCUCUGAGUCCAUCCAGUUUUUCUUCAUCUUAAUGUCAAAUUAUUAUUAUUUCUAUUUUUAUAUUUUCUUAUGAACUUUUAAAAUC